AUGAAGGACCUUGGUGCACUUCAUUAUUUUUUGGGAGUUGAAGUCAGUUAUGUUUCCGAUGGCCUUGUAUUGCACCAAUCUAAGUAUGCUAUUGAUCUACUUGAUCGUGCAUUAAUGAGAGAUUGCAAACCAACUCAUACUCCAAUGACUCAAAAGUUCAAAACAGUCAUGGACUCAACAGCACUUUGUGAUCCUCACACCUAUCGAUCUCUAGUUGGUGCAUUACAGUAUUUAACACUAACACGUCCUGAUAUUUCAUUUAGUGUUAAUUAUGUUUCUCAGUUCAUGCAUGCUCCAACACAAGACCAUUUCACAAUGGUAAGACGGAUUCUGAGAUAUGUGAAAGGGACUGCUCAUCAUGGUUUGCAUAUUCAAAACUCCAGUACAUUGGACCUUUAUGCCUUCUCGGAUGCAGAUUGGGCAGGAUGCCCACAAACACGACGUUCAACCACUGGUUUCUGCACUUACCUUGGCAGUAACUUAAUUUCUUGGAGUGCAAAAAAGCAACCCACAGUCUCUCGUUCAAGCUCAGAAGCUGAAUACAGGGCUAUGGCCCAAACUGCUGCAGAAAUCACCUGGCUUACCUUCAUCCUUCGUGAUCUUCAAGUUCCAUUGAUAACACCACCAGUUUUAUUUUGUGAUAAUCUCAGCUCCUUGUUCAUGACUGUCAAUCCCGUGUUUCACUCUAGAAGUAAACACAUUGAGUUAGAUUAUCAUUAUAUUAGGGAGAGAGUUUCUCUUGGUUUGUUAAUCACUCGGCACAUCUCAACUUCAGCUCAGAUUGCAGAUGUUUUCACUAAGCCUCAAACAAGAUAUGAUUUGGACAGACUCAAGAACAAACUAUGCCUUGUUACCACGCCUAGUUUGAGGGCGGAUGAUAAUAUUCACCUUUCGAUCAACACCAUUCCUGAUAUGGAAACCAUUAGUAUGGAAAGCAGCAUGACAAAUAUGGAUGCCAAGAGUGUAGUAAAGAGAUUGUAG